CCACACUAGCGGUGAUCGUCGUCGUCCAACCGACCGACCGACCGUUGCCAAUUUAAUAAUGAUUUAGUCGAAAUCAAGUUAGUCUCUUUGUUCAUUCCACCGGAUUAACAAGUAACGUUCUCUCAGAAUUGUAGCGCCAACCAGGGGGGGCACUCAACACCAUGGCAACAGCCAAAGUCGUCGUAAAGGACACCCGCGGGGCCGACGCACUGGAUUUGGUCGACGACUUCAACCGGCGCAAGCUGACCCUCAACAAGCACUGGGUGCGUCCGACGUUCCUGCAGUACCGCUACAUGUACAACUACCGUUACAACUACUACGACGACGUCAUCGAUUACCUGGACCGGCGGGCCCGGGGAGCCCCCGGCGAGAUCCCGCGUCCCCAGUACUGGGCCGAGCGGGUUCUGCGAACCGAGCGGAAAGAACCCAAGGACAUCGAGACGAUGUACAACUACACCAACAUCGGCCUGAAGCGGGACGAGAAGAGGCUGACGUACACCCUAAGUAGAAGUCCAUCUGUGAGAUAUUAUUUGUAUCGAAUCUGGUAAGGGUUUCGUCCCCCUUAACAGGAAAACAACAACAACAACAAAUGAAUCAUCAAAAUAAAAAGCAACCGAAACACCAACAUCUGCAUCAUCAACAAACAACGGCAGCAACACACCAUCCAGCUUAAUGCUGAUUUGUUGAUUUGUGAUAAAAUUAGAUCUAGAGAUACGAACAAAAAAAACUUUCACGUUACAGCAUGCAUACUUCCUGCAAAAAAAAAGCAACCGGAUUUAUUUAUUGUUUUGGGAACUAAAGUUCUGGUGUGUGCGUGAAAUGCACCAGAACGUCGCAACGUUUAAACCGACUAUUCUGGUAGCUGCAUUGUGCAAAAACAGUGCAGUCAAUUUUACUUUUAAACUUUUAUUUAACUAUCACUUUCGUGCAACUCUAUCCCCUACAUCCUAAGCAAAUAUCCGUCUGAUUGAGGAAAAAAAAACUUUCUGAAAAAAAACGGAGUUUAUAGUUUACACCGAUUGCGCAAGACACUUGCAAGCAAAAAGAAAAAAGAAAAAAAAAUACAGAAAAUCCCGAUGAAGAGAACCAAAUAAA